AUGGUUCGCGGCGGCGGCGGGGGCGGCGGCGGCUUGCUCGACCUGGAGCGGCACUUCGCCUUCUAUGGCGCGUACCACAGCAACCCAGUAAACGUGUUCAUCCACGCGCUCUUCGUCUGGCCCAUCUUCCUCACGGCCCUCCUGCUCCUCCACCUCACCGCUCCGUCCCUGCACUCCGCCGCGGUCGUUGCCGCGAUCUACGGGGCCUUCUACAUUUCCCUCGACCGCCGCUCCGGCACCCUCGCUGCUGUUCUCUGCUUGCUCUGCUGGGCUGCCAGCGCCGUCCUCGCCGCCCGCCUCGGCUUCUCGACCGGAUGCAAGGUGGUACUGGUAGCUCAGCUGUUUUGUUGGACUAUGCAAUUCAUUGGUCAUGGAGUUUUUGAGAAGCGAGCACCUGCUCUACUUGACAAUCUUGUCCAAGCUUUCUUGAUGGGCCCAUACUUUGUGCUUCUAGAGAUUCUUCAUAAGUUUUCUGGGUACGAACCAUAUCCUGGCUUUCAUGCCAAUGUACAAAAGCUGAUUGAUGCUAACCGCAAGGAGUGGGAGGAUAAGAAAGCUAAGAAAAUGACCUAAGAUGUGACCAAUAACUCAUGAUUCUAUGUUUGUGGUGUAACAGUAUAAGAUGAGAUCCACCAUGUUUGGUUCUAUGUGUUACUGAAGAUAAACUGAACUGUAGACAAAGAUGUGACCAACAACUCCUAUUGCUAUGUUUGUUGUGUAACAGUAUGAUGAGAUCCACCAUGUUUGCUGUUGUGUUGAUGUUAAUGAAGAUAAACUGAACUGUAGACAAAGAUGUGACCUUCAACUCCUAUUGCUAUGUUUGUUGU